AUGGAUCAACAAGACAACGAGGGUGCAGGAGCGAUUGAGGCACGAGACGGUUAUGAAGAGGUGGUGUUGGAGGCGCACGAUGGACGGGCAGCUAAUUGGAGCAGCGACGUCGCGCAGAUAAAACUAUGCCUGUCUCUUGCGCAGGAACGGGCUGGUGCGGAGACGCUGGUGGGUGUCAGGCCCGUUUGGACGAGCAACCAUGUCGACAUCGGCUCGUCUCCCGACUCCAUUGGGCGAGUGUCGGAGAGUGUCAUGGGCAGUGGCUGUGUCAGUGUCGCGCAACGGCUGUCCGGCAGUCGUGGGCAUCGCGAGCGCCCUCGUCUGCCUCAUCUCAGCGCAGGCAUUAACACCGCUGCUGCUGCUGGCCGUCGCUCCUCGGUCAUCGGGGCUGGUGAUUUCGGCUGGCGCACUGGCGGCAAGUCGCGGCGGAGAAGCAGCAGGACUCGAGGCUGCGACGGUGCGGCUGCUGGUGCGUGCAGCAGGAGCAGCAGGGAACAUUGGCGUGUGAGGCAUGGAGCACCCUGGUCGAGCCCUGGUCACGAACUGGCCUGCUCGACUGGGACUGCUCUGCCACUGCUCCUCCUCCGCCGCAUAAGCGACCUCUUAGCCCGCGCAUUGAAACUGGCCGGCGGGUCAUUGCUCGGUCGCUGCCGCGCCACAUGCACCCCAAACAGGCAGAGCUGGAAAGUCGGUGUUGUCGCAGAGACAGAGACUCAAAGUCUCAAACGCGUGGAGGCUUGGGGCACGGCGGGCGGCGGCUUCAACGCUCGCUCGCUCGGUCUGGAUCAACCAGGACGUCGGGCAACACAGAUGACACCUUCUCGUGCAAGACCACGCCGGGGCCCACGUUACGCGGCGGCGCGAGAAAAGCAGACCAGGACAUGGCACUGCAUGGAUCCCACCGCGCCCAAGCCCAUCCUCACCUCGGACGCUGCCCUGCCUAGGCCAAGACGCCCGCCAAACCGGCCCUUCAGCGACAAUGGCACUGCUCAAAUCGCCGUCCAAGCAGACGCCUCCACCUGUGCGAGGAGACGCGCCAGACACAAAGCCGCCGAAUUCUCCACGAAGAAGCGCCUGGCCUGUCGGUGUGUCGCACGCCGCCAUGCCCGCGAGACUGGACGUUCAGCGUCGACGCAGUAUGGCGCCGCGCUUUCACAUGCAACAUUGAUUGGCGCCUCGCCAGCCUACUGUUUGAGAGCGUCGAUCAAACCGUCAAUUGGAAGUUGGCCUCAUGCAAUUCUCGCUUCCGGCAUGCCGAUGGAUACGAUCACUUCACCCAACCGGGUCCGUACACAAGCCGAUCCUGGCUGUCAGUCGGGUUGCACGUCUUGCCGCAUUGAUGACGGUGUGCUCGCUCAACACCACUGA